AUGUGGGUUCUUCCCCUUAUCGGCUACCUGGGAGUGAUAGUGGGCUUUUGCUUCCUGACUCUCGCGAUCGCUUCUGGACUAUACUAUCUCUCCGAGCUGGUAGAAGAGCACACCGUGCUUGCCAGUCGCGUUCUCUCGCGGCUGAUCCAAGCCAUCAUUCUUCUUCACAUACUCCUCUGGCUCAUUGACGGGCUACCUUUUUCUCUCACCCUUCUCAGCAUAGUCUCACACCUAGUGUAUGCCAGCAACCUCCGGCGUUUUCCAAUCGUCAAGCUAUCGGAUCCUCUCUUCAUCCUUUCUUGUCUCCUCGUCGGCUUGAACCACUGGCUAUGGUUCCGGCAUUUUUCGGAUCCCACAACCUCGCAAACCAACUAUAACCGAACUUCCUCUUCCUCAAUGCCCUUUUCGUCACACGGCCAAUACUAUGGAGCAAGCGUUGAUCUACCCUCAUUCACAGAGGUAGCGUCAUACUUUGGACUCUGUUCAGGCUAUACUCCAGGAAAUGCUAGCAGUGAGGGAAGGAGCAAAAGCAAAGGAAUGGCCAAGGCGCUGGUUGACGGAGUGCGAGACUGGGUUUCUGAAACGGGUGAGCUGAUGGGAGCCUGGGGAGGCCAAAAGUCAAGGCGAUUCUGA